GUGUAAAGUUUAACACUGAAAUCAAAUAAUACCAAUAUUACCAUUGAAGUUUACGCGUCAUGAACUUUAACAUAAACAUAUAGCUUAGGUACAUGUUAGGUGCUAUUAAAACGAUUUAUGUGAAGCUUUAAAAUAUCAAAGAAUUCAUUACCAGAGAGUGGAUUUAACAGUUGAUUUCUGGAGUGCUGCUAAAACAACGGAGGAAAUAACACAAGGGUGAACUCUUUGCUAACAGCUCAAGAGAAAUGGAAGCCAGUAUAGUAAUGAUAUACAUUUCCUCUCUCCUUGCCGUCGGUUACGUAAGCUAUAUGCAUAAUAUUUUGAUGCACACGAAAAACACAGACGCGCUCGUCACAAGCUCGUGCCCUGUAGAAAUGGAACAGAAAAUUCAUGUUUUAGAAGUCCAGGUUCAGCAGCUCCAGAAACUUCUGCAAGAACAAAAUACUUCCCCGUUUACGACCAUUGAAGGAUUCCCUAAAGACUGUUUGGAGUUAUUUAAAAACGGUACAAGAACAGACGGAGUUUAUUCUAUCUCACCAGAUGGAAGAUGUCCUUUCUUUGUGUAUUGCGACAUGACAAACGGGGGUUGGACUUUGAUCCAGAAUCGGAUUGACGGUAAAGUAAACUUUUAUCGGCCAUGGAAUGAUUACGUUAGUGGGUUUGGUGAUAUCGAUGGCUCUCACUGGUUAGGUUUGGAGAAAAUUCACCGUCUAACUCGAGAAGGCAGUCAGAUACAUUUUGAUAUAGAAAAUUAUGAUGGGACAAAAGAUUAUGCACAUUACCAAGUGUUUACCGUUCAAGGAGCUGCAACUGCAUACACUUUGAACGUGGAUGCCUUUAAUUAUGAAGGUAGUAUUAACGAACUACUGAGUUACCAUAACAGUAUGAAAUUUUCAACAUAUGACAGGGACAACGAUAUAUCGUCAACCAAUUGCUGUCUCCAGAGCUUAGACGGUGGAGGAUGGUGGUACAAAGAUUGUUACAGGUUGGGAAACAUGAAUGGAGUGUUCGGUAAAACGCCACUAGGUGGUAUCGGCUACUGGACCACAAAGAAUAUUCCGAUUAGAAAGGUUACAAUUAAGCUGAAAAACAUACAUGGCCAGUGUUUAACGCAGAAUUGACAAUGCCAUUUUCACUUUUCAUUUUACAGCUAGAUAGUUUUUAAACGAAACAGUGCUGCUUUAGACUUUACUCUUAGGUAUGAAGUCGAGUGUAUGUUUAUUGAAUAACGACAUUUUAUUCGCUAACAUUUUUAAAUGUAAAUGUCUUGUUCAUUCUUAUAAAGACAGUAUAUACAUUUAAACCUGUCUCUAUAGACAACUCAUUGGAAAUGAAACAAGUCAUUUUUGUUGACAAAUGGUCCUUUAUGGACAUAACUUAACACCUUUUGUGGUUUAACAGGAAGAGAAUAUAGUUGUCUUUAAAUGUA